CGGGGGGGUUUGGGCGGCGGGGGGCGGGGCCCGGCGGGGGGGCGGCGCGGAACGGGCGGCACCGGACGGAGCGGGCGCGGACCGGGGGGGGCCCGGCGGGGCCGCGGCCAUGGCCGAGCCCGGAGAAGCGCUGGGGCCGCUGAAAACCGACCCGCAGCCCCCGGAAAAGCGGCGGAGGACGAUCGAGGACUUCAAUAAGUUCUGCAGCUUCGUGCUGGCCUACGCCGGCUACAUCCCGGCGACCGCCGAGGACCCCCCCUGGCCCUCGUCCGGCCCCAGCUCGCCCGCGGGGGCCGGGGGGGACGCGUGGGGCUCGGCGCCGGCCGCGCUGCGCACCAUCGAGACCUUCGUCCGCAAGGCCAAGUCCUCCAAGAAGCGCGCCCUGGCGCCCCCGGAGUCCGCCAUCCUGGACAAAAUGCGCCUCAAAGACUCCCUGUUCGACCUGCCCGCCCCCCAGAACAGCCCGGGGCCGCCCCCCCAGAAGCGCCGGGAGCGCCGGAGCCGCCGGGGGGGACGCGGGCGCGGGCGGCGGCGCCCGCGGCGGCCGCGAGAACUCGCGGCUCCGCGUGAAGAAGAGCAAGAAGCGGCGCUGGAAAAAAAGGGACAGGGGCGUGCUGGGGAGGGGGUCCCCCAGCGAGGAGACGGAUUCCGAGGAGGAGCCGCCCUCCCCCCCCCCCGCCGCCGCCCCCCGCCCCCUCCCCUGCCCCCCGAGGGGGGGAAGCUGGGCGUUCUGGGGGGGCCCGGGGGGGUUCUGGGGGUGGGCAAGGAAGGGGGGAGCACGGAGACCAGCAGGGACGGCGACGGCAGCGACAGCGACGCCCGCGUCAUGGACGAGGACAUCAUGGUGGAGUCGGGUGACGAUUCGUGGGAUUUGAUCACCUGCUACUGCCAAAAACCCUUCGCGGGCCGGCCCAUGAUCGAGUGCAGCCAGUGCGGCACCUGGAUCCACCUGUCCUGCGCCAAGGUGAAGAAAAACAACGUCCCCGACGUCUUCUAUUGCCAAAAAUGCCGCGAGGGACCCCGCAGGGCCGCCCCCGCCACCCCCCCGGGCCACCGGGGACUCCUAAACCCCCUCCCCACAAAGGGUUUGGGGGUCCCCGGCCUCGCUUCUGGCAGGGUUUGUGCUCAAAAUCGGAAAUUUUGGGGUUGUGACCUUCCCUGGAAUUGUGGGCUGUGGAGGUUCCUCCUGAAAAUUAAGUUUUGGGCGGGUUGGGUCGUUCUCAAAAUGUGGAAUUUUGGGGGUUGGAUGUCGGCCCGGAGCGGUGAGGUUUGGGGUUUGUGACGUUCCCGCGAAAUUGGAGAUUUUGGGGCUUGCGGCUCUCCCUGGAAUUGUGAGGUUUGGGGGUUGGAAGGUGUCCAAAAUUGGAGAUUUUGAGGGUCGGAACCUCCCCCCUCUCCAAAUUGUGAGGGUUUGGGGUUUGUAAAAGCCCUGAAAUUGUGAGAUUUUGGGUCCAGCUCCCUCAAAAAUGGGGAGGUUUGGGGGGUCUUUUACCCACCCCCCCCCCCCAUAAGUUGAGGGGUUUUGGGGUUCCGGUUCAAAUUUGGGGGUGGUUUGGGGUCCCUCAUCUGCAGGACAGGAGGGUUUUGGGGUACAAGAUUUGGGGGGCUCUUACCCCAAAUCAUGAGUUAUUUUGGGUCUCCCACCCCCAAGAUGGGAAGAUUUUGGGGGGGGGGGGUCCCUCACCCCAAAUUAAGAUUGGGGGAGCCCCCCUUAGAUAGGGGAAGUCUGGGGGGUCCCCUACCCCAAAUUAUGAGAUUUUGGGGUCCCCCCCAUCCCCACGAAAGGAGGGUUUGGGGGUCCUUUACCCCAGACAAAAAGGUUUUGAGAAGUCCCCCUAAAAUAGGGGGAUUUUGGGGUGUUCUUUGCCCCAGAUCAUGAGCUUUUGGGGUGUCCCACCCCCCCAGAAAAGGAGAAUUUGGGGACCCCACACCCCCAAGUAAGAUUUGGGGAAAACUCCCCUAAAAGAGAGGGUUUUGGGGUCCCCUUCCCCAAAAUAAGAGUGUUUUGGGGUUCUCUGCCCCAUGUUAUGAGGUUUUGGGCGCUCAGUUAAAAUUUGGGGGGACCCCACUAAGUUCAAGGGGUUUGGGGGGCUUUUAACCCCCCCCCCAGGGCAUGAAGUUUGGGGGUCCUGUACCCCAAUUCAUGAGGUUUUGGGGUGUCUCAACCCCUGUACAAGAUUUUGGGGGCGUCCCACCCCUGAAGUGGGGAGGGGGAUUUGAGGGUCCCUCCCCCCAAAACUCUGAGGUUUUGGAAACAAGUUUUUUCAUGUGUGUUAUUUUUCUAAACGUUCCCUGCACCCCACUUUUUUGGGGGGCCCUCCCCCAAGUUUUUGGGGGUGUUUAGAGCAUCAUUUUGCAGGGGGGGGGCACCCCCAAAACAGGAAGGGUCUGCCCCAGUUUGGGGGGAGUUUAAGGGGGGGAUUUGGGGGAUUCCCCCCCUAAAACUCCCUCAGUUGGAACUUGGGGGCCCCCCCCUCCCCACCUUUUAUUCCCUUCCCCUCUUUGUUUGAAGGAUAAUAUUUUGGAUUUUGGGGGGCUGCAGCCCUUCCAGUUGUAAAUAAACAGCGCCGUUGCUUCGUA